GCCGCCUCUGCGUGUGCAGCUCCCUCUGGCUUUCUCAGGAGCUCGGGCCAGGGCAAUCGGGUGCAGAACGGAUCUUUUAUUAACGUGUUUGAGGGCAGGCAAACCCCUAAAGGCUCUUCUCAGGUAAAAACUGCAGCUUAUUGCAGGAAAUGGAUGUCAUCCAGAAGCAGGAUGAAAACUGUUAUUGCUAUGUGCAAAACAGAACAAUUCACUUACAGUACCUGUGGUCGACUGUCCAGAUAAAAGUUAACAGCAGAGAAAAGUUCCGGUUUGAGCCUAUUUCAGAAAAAAACAACUGUCGGAAUUCAGAAACUGUUUUUGAGUUUGCUGCAUGUGCUGUUCAAAUCCUCUGGAAGCCAGAGACAUGUACAGAAACUUUUCUGAGCAUAAAACAAUAUGGAGAAGAUGUUUGUUUCAAAAUACAACCCUUCAAAAUUGAACCAUACAUUGUGAGGGUGAAAAGAGAAAUGCUAGAUGGAAAGCUCUUGUUUUUGUUUGUAGCUGGAAUUUUUCUGUUCCAUUUUGCAAACAGCCUGAGCAGGAGUGCCAAGUUCUUUUACCUUUCUGGAAUAAUACUGGGUGUUCUUGCUCUGCUAGUCUUUGUCCUGUUGACACUUAAAAGAUUUAUUCCAAGGCACAGUACCUUCUGGAUUUUAAUGAGUGGCUCCUGGAUGGUCUCUCUCUAUUUUAUUUACUGCUUCAAAGAGAAUAUACAGUGGUUGUGGUCUGAACACAAAAACUACCUGUUGGGGUAUUUUCUGGCUGUUGGGAUUACCAGCUUUGCCAUUUGCUAUCAGCAUGGGCCACUGACCACGGAGCUCAGCAUAACCUUGUUCACAUGGAUGCUCCAAGUAACAGCCUUUGUCCUGAUCUACUUGGGUGUCACCAUCCCUCAAGUUGCAUAUGCAGUCAUAGCAGUCAGCCUCUGCUCCAAAGGCCUGUGUUACCCCCUGGGUGCUGCCUGUCAUAUUGCCAGAAAAAUGAAGCAUCACUUUAAAUCAAAAAAAUUGGUGUUUAAAUACCUUACUGAAGAGGAAUACCGAGAACAAGGUGAAAGUGAAACUAUCAGAGCUCUGGAGGAGCUGCGCUCAUUCUGCAGGAGUCCUGACUUCCCAUCUUGGAUAGCUAUAUCCAAACUCCAGGCCCCACACAGGUUUGCAGCUUUUGUUCUGGGAUCUCCCCAUGUUUCACCUGCAGAAACAAAGGCACAUGAUGAGCAGUAUGGCAUUGGGAGCUCCUUCCUGGAAGAGCAGCUGUUUGAGACAAGGGUACAGUCUGAGCAACAUGAGCCAGCCAGUUUUGUCCAUGAAGAAGAUGAAGAGAAUGAAAAUGAAAUGCAUACACAAAUUCCAUUUCCAUAUGCUACUGAGCUGCUCUGAGCUUUGGGAAAUAACAACAAAAAAAGAGACAGAAAACACACUUGUCUUAGAAAGGGAGGCUACAGAAUGAGAACUCACACUUGGCAUUUUCUUGUGGUUGCUGGUGGACAAAGAAGGAUUUUUGAAAAAACUGCUUCCUGUAUCACCAGUGUUACCUGAUUUGAGCAACAGAAGAAAACCAUAGGGGCUGUUCAAGUGAAGAGGAAUCCUAUGCUAUGGGUAUUUUCACUGGGGAAAUAAACAUCAAACAUUGUGUAUUUCCAAGGCAAGUACUGGAGACAGCCUGUCCCACCAGGAUGCCUUCUUCUAUCAAGGACACUACCUCUAGUAAACAGAAUCUGUUUUGGCCCUUUCCAUCAUCAAGUCCUCUGUGCUGAGCACUAGAGGGAGGAAAAGCCAUUUUUAAUACUCUCCUUUUACUAAGUACCCUCUGUGUCAACACUUCUGAUAAUGCUGUUAGAGUGUCGAUAAACUGUGUUCGUUGUUUGUGAGACUAUUUCAUAGAGAGUUAACACUGCUGAAUGAGGUUUGUUUCCUCCUCUGGCUGGGCUUGUCUGUUAGCUUCCUCCUGCCUCUGCCUUUAGUUUUAAGCUCCACUUUCCCCUCAGAAAAGUCUGCCUGACUUUUCACCCUCUGUUUGUAUUAUUCUGUUCUUGACCACUGCUGUAGUUAUACUGCAUUUUGUUCUUUCCAAGUCUUUGUUUAUUUGCAUACUUUCUUCCCUCUUGUACAGACCUUCUGCUAAACCUUUCUCUAGCCCUCUUGAUUCUCCACCUCUGACAAUGCAGGUGGUUUAGGAGAGGUUUUCCAUCCGCAAACAUAUUUGCUAUUGCCUUCAGUUUCAGUGUCAGCUUACCUCAGACAGGUGCUGUUGUCUAUUCCAGGCCUCUCAAGAGCCCCAGAAAGGCCACAAAGGCUGAGGCUGUUUCAGCUGCGUGGAGAAACUGCUAUUAACAGGGCCAGAGUCCUGCUGUGAGCCUGGAACUGGGAACGCAGAUAACCCACACAGAACUCCACUAGCCUCAGAGUAUUCAGUAGUUUGUUUACUGAGUAAGAAGCAGAAAAUCAUUCCCAGCAAAACAAUGAGGGAAGAUACCUGGCUUUUACCUUCCCUUUCUCAGCAGUCUGUGAGAUUUCUCAGAGGAGGUACUUGGGGAAGAAAAAGAGACCAGGGAGAGAAAUUUAGGCAGUCACGUGUCUUUCAGCUUAUGUAUUACACAGUCCUAGACUAGGGAGUAGAGUGUGUACCUCAGUUCAUCCGCCUGCAGAUGUCAUUUCCUUCUUUUAGACUAUCCCUCCCUUUGUUCUGUUCACUUUGCAGUUUUCCUUUACUGUCUUAAAAACUGCAGAAAGCAAAAGACCAUUAAUUCUGUCGCCAUCUGAUCUUACAAACCCACCAGGAACUGUCAGCAAUGGGGAGUAAUUGGUGCUCAAGAAGGGCAUGUUAGACUGGGAUCUAUCUGCUUUAAAAGGGAUGUCUGUUCUUUGUAACAUGCCUGGUGGUGCAGCAUGACUUCAGCAGUGCAGGUGCUGGCCUGGGUUCUCCUUGUCCAUCACUGCACCAGGGACAAAACCCGUUACCUCCAACGGUGCUAAAUGCAGCCAUACCACAACCCAAGAGCUCCUCUGUGUAACAAAGGACUGAGUUGGUGCUUGAAAGCCUUAAAGCCUUACUGACGUGGUCUUUCCUUCUUUAUAUUGCUUCAGCUUUGCUUCAGUUUGAAAGGAACACUUCCAUUUUACAGUAAAGAGACCCUUAACACCCUUUAGUGUCACAAAAUUUUAAGUACCUCAGCAGAAUCAAAAGCAUAUUUAGCAGAGAAAGCCAUGUCAAGCAGGAGAUCCAAAAUAUACUUGCUGUUAAGUCAA